CACAAUUAGUAAUUUGCGCGGCUGUGAUUGCGGUAAUCCCGACGGAAAGGCUUCAAAUCGGGAUACAAGCGUCGUCUUUUCCCCCUCAUUCAUGGUUUGUACGGGGAUUUGAGAGGCGGACAGCCGCAGUGCAGCAGCAGCAGCAAGCAGCAGUGCCGGGUUCGUGGUGAAGCCUCGCUGUAGUCAAAUGUUAUAAACGUGGGAAGUUAACUCCCUGUUCAACGUGCAGUUCCCUAUUUUGGCCAAUGCUUGCUGCGCUACAGCAUGACCACAGCAGUGUCGUCUCAUCUGGUAGUUCUGGCAAAUGAAAAUGGAGGAGGUUUCAAUGUCCAGCCUGGACAACAGCAAGCUGGAGGGCCUAGCUCAGGACAUCCUGUCUGACCUGGUAGAGGAUGCAUGCCUGGGUCUUUGCUUCGAGGUCCACCGGGCCGUCAAGCAGGGCUAUUUUUUCCUGGAUGACACGGACCAAGAAAGCAUGAGGGACUUUGAAAUUGUGGACCAGCCAGGAUUGGACGUGUUUGGCCAGGUUUACAACCAGUGGAAAAACAAAGAGUGUGUAUGCCCCAACUGCAGCAGAAGCAUUGCUGCCUCACGCUUCGCCCCACACCUGGAGAAAUGCCUGGGGAUGGGACGCAACAGCAGCCGCAUAGCCAACCGCAGAAUAGUUACUGGUAACAACACAAACAACAAAUCAGAGAGUGACCAAGAGGAUAAUGAUGACGUCAACGAUAAUGACUGGUCUUAUGGAGCAGAAAAGAAAGCAAAGAAAAGGAAAUCUGAUAAGAAUCCAAACUCACCCAGAAGAUCCAAAUCAUUUAAGCAUAAGAGCAGUAUGAUGGGUCCUAGACGUCGUAUGGACAACCAGGAGAGCCCGCGCAUGCUGAUGAAAGAUGAGGCAUUCCCUCAAUAACACACUCAGCCACAAACACACAUUCUCUUACCAUUAUGUGUGUGCACGUACACACAAGCGCACAUGCACAGGAAGACCAAUAAGACUUCACCUUUGGUUCUUUAUGACGUGAUAUCAAUGUACGUUGAUAUUAUAGGUGACAUUCAUGGUGUUCGCUGCUCUGCUCAGGCAGUCCAGACCUCCCACUGUAUACUUGACAGAUUUUUUUUUCCAGAAAAAUCAUUGCACCAACACUCAUUUUUUUAAUUCAGUUAAUUUUGUUUUAGAAGUUUUUGCUGGAGUCCAAAAUAAUGAAUAUCACCAUAUACGAUUUCACUGCACAGAAGUAGAUUCUGGUGUAAUUCAUUCAGUGGCCAGGAAGAGGCAGCUGUGUGCACAUACAGUAUGAUGGUUCUUAAAAUACAGCAAUGAUUAGGCAUUAGGUGUGCUUAUAUUUCUUCACCUGUUAUCUCAUUCAAAAUAAUGUUAAAGACAAUCUUUACUAAUGGUUUGUCUUUUUAUUUUCACAUUCACUGUCAGGCUCAUAGUUCUCCAGUUGAAUUACAAUACAGUAUGUCUGUCUGUGUGUAUGUGUGUGUGUGUGUGUGAGAGAGAGAGAGAGAGAGAGAGAGAGAGAGAGAGAGAAAGAGAGAGAGAAGCAAAUCUCAGUUUUGUCAUUCACCUGUGGAAAUUUGUUCUAAAAAUGUUCAGUCAAUGAACCCCUAAUUGUACAAGCAGGUAUUUACUGCAGAAAGCAGGUUUCUUUUCAUUUAAUUUUUGGUGGAUAGAUCAGCUUGUUUUCUAGCAUUCAAAUAUGUCUUUGUAUCAUGUGUUUACAUUGUAAAGGGUUACAUAUAUCCUUUGUGUGAUGUGAUAGUGUAAAUAUUCCAAUAGUUGAAUUGCUGCUAUCAUGGCUCAAGUUUGUUUCAUCUGUCUAGCAUAAUAAAUGAUUUGUUACCUGUC